AUGAAAGUCAACAGCGGACACCAUAGCGGACACCCUAAUCGCAACAUCCGUUACUAUGACAGCGAAGGGAAUGAUUAUGACAAAAAAGAAGGUGGCGAACCAAUUUUGGGCGAAUUGCCUUACCCUAAUAGGUCGAGUGCAGUGCUUAGGGUUAAAUCAGUCGAGUGCAGUGCUUAGGGUUUAAUCAGUCAAGUGCAGUACUUAGGGCUAAAUCAGUCGAGUGCAGUGCUUAGGGUUAAAUCAGUCGAGUGCAGUGGUUAGGGUUAAAUCAGUCGAGCGCAGUGCUUAGGGCUAAAUCAGUCGAGCGCAGUGCUUAGGGCUAAAUCAGUCAAGGGCAGUGCUUAGGGCUAAAUCAGUCGAGGGCAGUGUUUAGGGCUAAAUCAGUCGAGGGCUGUGGUAACUUAUCCUCGCUUGAAGUCACAGUUGAGUGGAUAUAGUAAUGAAACAGGUUUAAGUUCGAGAGACCAUAGUGACGUCACCCACCAUUUGCAUAUUCAGCAGAAAUUGUUUCUAUUUUUAGACGAUGACGUCAUUAUUUUGACUAGAACAGGUAUAAAAGACGGAUAUCAACCAUGAAAAAUCAUUUGAGAUCAUUGUGUUCUUGUGUAAAGAUCGAUCAUGUGCAAAGCAACGUAUCCACGAGCUUGUCCUACAUGCGGGAAGACAAUCAAGAACAGGGGAAAUUUCUUUCGUCAUAAGAAACGUUGUGGGACUUCAGAGCAUCGCGUUCAAUGUCUACACUGUCAUAAGACAUACUCAAGAAAAGACGAUUUGAAGAAACAUGUUCGUAAGGUCCAUUCCGAAGCAGGAAAGCGAAAAGCAGAAGAGUCGGCUGAACUAUUACGCCUUGAGUUAUUGCAUUCAGACAAAGUUCCAACACUAGUCAGUGAUGAAAGUCAGCAGGGUGGCGCUGUGAGUACUCGAAGUAUGAAAAAAGACCCCGAGAGUGUAAAGGAGGACCUAAAACCUAUGAAAGACGAAACACGGGCA